CUCUCUCUUUCUGAAACCCUAAACCCCCAAUUUUCUACAAUCACAAAUCAGACCUUUCAUUGAAAUUCCGUCUGUAAGUUGCUUGGAUCUUCACGUGGUUCUGCUGCUACUAUAUCUACUGGGUUUUGUUGGCUUCAUUUUCUUAAGAUAUGGCCACAAAGCUUCUUGCAAACUUGCUUGUGGUUGGCUCAGGGGUGUUGGCCAGGGCUUUUGUUCAAGCAUACCGCCAGGCUCUUACAAAUGCCUCAAAGAGUGGUGUUGCUCAGGAAGCAGCACAGGGGAUUAGGAGAGCAAGCAAAACUAUGGCUGAAGGAGAGGCAAGGCAGGUAUUAGGUGUCACAGAGCAUGCAUCAUGGGAGGAGAUUGUGCAGCGGUAUGACAACAUGUUUGAGCGGAAUGCCAAAAGCGGAAGCUUCUAUCUCCAGUCAAAGGUCCACAGAGCUAAAGAAUGCUUAGAAAAUGUUUACAAAAAGAAGCCUGAAGGGGUUACUGAGGCAUAACUCUCACGCUUUAGUUCUGGUUGGGAUUCCAUGUUGCUGAAGCUUUUGAUCUGCGAGAGUGAUGGUAGAGUACUAUCUGUGUGGUUGCCUGAUGCUCUUAUUUUCUCAUCUUGCAGCAGGAGCGCUGGUUCCAAUCAACAGUUAUGCCACUCACUUUCAUUGCAGUAACAUCAGUUUCUAUUCAUAUUGAAGAUAAAUAACAUGACCCACCAUCAAAAAAUUUCCUUCAAUUUCUAUUGCUAAUGCUCAUUUCUUGUCUAUCGACAACUGCAUGUUUGCACCUCAGAUUAAUAUCAAAGCCUGCGGGUUAUACUAUUCCACAUCCUCCU